AUGUCUCAAAAGGACAUACAUGGUGGUGCUUCAUGGCGUGGCCAUUUCUUUCUCCCGUUUGAGUGUGGGUUGUGCGCCCGGCCUCUCAGGAGGCACAGUCUCGUCUAUGGAUUUGUAUCGACCCCGGAUUCUCUGAGCCUAGAAGAAAUGACAGAGCCAUUUUUGUUUCCUCACGGUGCUAUGGGCUCUGGAGGCACCCAGCCUGGCGACGAUCAGGUUCUUGUCGGUGACUGGGCUGUUGGUGCACGCUACUUUGUCGAGCCUAAGCCGCCCGGGCCUCGUGUGGAGUGUACUGUCGUCCAUGAGGACUGCUUCAACAUGUACACGGGCUGCACUGGCUCUGGCCAAGACGCUCUCCGGUAUCUUUGGUUCUUCAGUCUGUGGCGCCAGCCCUGGGACCGUGCCAAGACGUUGCAGGGCAUCCGUCCGCUACCUCGCGAGGAGUUCUUGUGCAGCAGGCCCGCAGUUUCCUACGUGCUCGACAAACUCGGCAUGCCAGACUUUGCAUCGUUUCUGCCGUGGGAAAUUAUUAGCCAUGUCUUUGACUUUUCAAAAGACGCUCCGCUGUGGAAAGCGAUACAGGCGGUGACGGCUGCGUUGGAGCACCGCCAACAGAGAGUAGACAGCUUUACUUUGGUGCCAGCACUGGAGAUUGCAUCAUGGAAACGCGGCGAUGCAUAUCCAGAGUUAAUCGAGGCCUCUGAUAAAAUGGAGCAGCUAGUCCGCUUUACGAUUGACUCGCAAGGAAUUGGUCAAAUAGACCGCAUUGAGAAGGCGUCGCCAUUAGAGCCAAGUUUUGCGACACAUAAGCAUGAAUUUCUUGCCGCCGAAGAAGAAGAGCUGCAAUUGGUGAAAGUAAUCUUCAAGAAUGGACGGGCGCGUCUUCGUAUACCUGAUGGCCACCCUGGUUUUACGACUUGGGACAUGAUGCGCCCGCCUCCGAAGCCGCUGCGUCGUGCAAGUCUUCAUGACAAACUUUCUGACUGGGUCGACAACGGUGUAGCGUUGAGUCGCGUAACAUUCAUCUUUCACAGCACCUUUCUCGUUCAGAUCCACGCCCAUACCCCAAGGUAUCCCAUUGCGGGGCUCCCACACGACACGCAUAUUUUGAAGGAGAUUGGAGGAUUUCCGAUGAAUGAGUUUUCAGAUCUUGCUUGGGUAUAUCUCCCACUGCCACCAGGGGAUAAGAUCUUGUCCAUAAGCCUUGGUACAGACGGUCGAACGCAACGUAUACGACGGCCCGGCUUGAUUGUUCACACCAAGCUGGCUGGAACACUCUUAAUUGGUUAUCUCAUGCCAAUAAGUAGCCCGUGCAUACCGCUCGGCGAAGAGCCAGAUAUCCUGUUCACAAGGCUGCAAGCGCCGUUUGUGUCAGGUGUUGGGGCGUACAGCUCGAAUCCAAUAUCAAAACUGCAGUUUUCUGACAAGUUUGACUUCGAUUCGAUAUCGCUUCGCUUCGCGGACCGCGACUUUAAUUUGGCUUCCACGCUGGAGGGUCAUGUGCCGACACCAAUACUCUAG